AUUAAUAAUAUGCUGUUUUUGUCUCGCAUUUGAAAUAGUUUCUAUUCGUGAAUCCGUGUUAUUUAAAUCAUUAUUUUAUUUAGUUAACUAGCUGAGCUACGUGCAUUGAAGUUCACAUAAUUGUGUGACGCAGUGGCUCAGUAAUGAUCAUUUUGGAAAACAAUACUAGCGUAGAUGAUUGUUCUGGUUAGGAGCUUGUUUAAAAUUGAUAUUGAACUCCAAAAGUGUUCAUUCAUUGUAACUGUUGACUUAGUUACCUGUUUGCUACUGGUAUGAACGACGUUGUCAUAACAACUGCUGCAACGUACAUGUGAUUCACAUGAUAAACAAGUAGGAACAAUAAUGGAUAAUAAGGGGAACCACGAUACCAAAGGAAUAACGUGCGAUGUAACAGCUUUAGAGGCCCCAAGUGAACAGGUAAAAUUGCGUAAUAACAGAAAAAUCGCAAUAGUUCAUCAUCCUGACGAACUUGUUAUACAUCCUUGGAAAACAUCAGUUGACGUUUCGCUAAGAGUAAACCGCUGGAGUAAUGGAUCUGGACCGAACCUUUUAAGUCCAGAUGGUACUGGAUCAGCACCGACAUCCCGGCGAAGUUCUAUCACGAUCGAAUCCCCUCUUGGUUCAUUUGAAUGCGAUGAUGAAUCGGUGAGGAAGAGAUCAUCUCAAAUCCAGCAUGGUCAACGUGAAAGAACUGGAUCGCAACAAUACAAGCAACGUGAAAAACGAGGGUCACUUCAGUACAGUGAUGUUGAGUCUAUGUACAUGGAAGAACUUUUCUCCAAAGAGACCAAAGUAGCGAUGGGGACAAACUAUAAGAACAGUCCAACAUCUCUAUACAACGCAAUGAAGCCUCUUUUGACGAGUAUGCGAGCCUCUGGACUGUUCCAUUCUGAAGGAAAGAAAGGCGAAUCACAACGAGUAACAAUUUCCAAAGUAUAUUCUAUGAUAGUCAUUUUAUUUCUUUGGGCAAAUUGCGUGCGUUAUUUCUGGGUGUAUACUUCUGACAGUUGGUAUGGACCAGCGCUUUUCUUUCGAAUAUGUCGCCAUUUAUGGUUCUUACAAGGUGCAGUUGGUGCCACCACCUGCUACUACACAGCUAUGAAAAUACCAGAAUUUUUCAAAGCAUGCCAUAACUACAUGGCAAAGAGAAGCGAUCUAUCAUAUAGAAAACACGUGGUCACUUGGUCAAGAAUCUACGUCAUCGCAGCUGUAUUGUUGACGAUAUCAAACGCUGUUUUGGCCGGAUUCUGGAUCAAUACAAGAAGUCAGAAUUCCGAAUUCGAAUUCCUGCCCUUUUAUGAUCGAAACGCCUCAUUCCCCGUGUUCAUCAGAGUAUUUCAUUCCGUUUUGACAGUGGUAUCCACUCUUGCUUGGGUAUUCUCAACAUGCCUUUUCGUGUUGUUUUGCAUCACGUUAAAGGAAGAAUUUGAACGUUUUACUAAGAAGUUCCAGUUAGCCACUACAGCUGGAGGCUCGUUUGAAGGUGAUAUGGAAGUUUAUCGUAAGGAACACAACAAAAUAUGUGGCCUUGUGAACCACGCAGACAGCCUGUUUAACUUCAACACCAUGAUCGUCUACCCUACCGAUCUACUUAUCAACAUCUUUCUCAUGUACAACAUGCUAGCGGAAGUCCAUCGUUGGAAGGAUCCCAUUUUCCCCAUCAUGCAAGCACUGUGGUUGCUCGUCAACGUCAUUCGAUUCCUUCUCGUAACUUGGUGCGCUGCAAUGCUGAACGAGGCGGGAGGUCGAGGACCACUGACUCAUUUGCAUGAGUUGAAGAUUGACGAACAGCAAAUAAGUUUCAGUAAGAUGGCACAGAUUGGCGUUUUCGUAGAGAAGUUGAAUGGAGGCAUUGGCUUCACUGGGUGGAAACUUUACACCAUAACAAGGGAAACCAUUGUCUCAGUAUGCGUGGCUACAAUUGCAUACUUCCUACACGUUACAAUCAUGGAACUAGCAUUCAACCCUGUAGCUGCACCGAACUGCAAGUGUCCAUGCCUACCCCCCUGGCACAAUACAACAAACGCCACUUUAGAUGUUACAACCAAGGCAUCAUUGUACUAG